CUGGUAUCUCCUUUGAAAUUCCUAAUCAUUUUGACGCUAUUAUAGGGAUUAGUAAUAUUAAAACAGGAUCCUUCGAAAUAUUCCAAGAGCCAAAUCGUAAUCUUAUUCUUGCAGGACUUUCUGCUUUAAGGCCUAUUGAUUUACCGACAGCAGUAAAAGGGCAUCGGAAAUGGGAUAAAAUUGCUGAUUGUUAUGCUUUUGAUGCAUCUUCAGCAGUUGAAACCUAUAUUGAGGCUGAAUAUCAGAGACGCUUAUCAGCUAAGUACUUUCCUGAAAUUCUCUGCAGUCUUGUUUCUAGUACAGGAGCUUCACUUGAGAUUAUUUCUGCAGAAGAUACCAUAGCUAAUAGGAAAAUAGUUUCUAAUAUUAUUAAGACGAUUGAAGAAAAUAUCAAAUAUUCUGAUGCAGAAUUAAUAGCCAAUGCACCUGAUAUCAUUCCAGAUGAUGCAUACGAUCAUUCAAUGAUAAUAUAA